AUGGCGGGUCAAAUGUCAAAGAGAAUAUGCAAUCUCUUAAUGAUUAUAACGUUAUGUACGAUAAUGUUUUCAGCACAAGUCGCUCAUUCGAACAAGAGAGCGCUAGAUGUAUGUCUUAGAAAUUGUGUUACGAACGUGUGCAUGAAGACCGGCAAAAAAGCAACUCCAGCCAAAUGUUCUGACGCUUGCAAGCAAGUUUGUGAUGGAAACCCAUACAAUAAUGAGGAAUACUUCGUCCCUGGAGGUAAAAGUCCUGUGAAAAGGUUUUGCGAACAAUUUCCCUGGAUAUGUUAG